AUGAAAAACCAAACCUUUCUGACAGAAUUCAUUCUGCUGGGACUAACAGACAUCCCAGAGAUUCAACUGGUCAUCUUUAUAUGUCUCUUCCUCACCUACAUAUUCAGCAUCAUUGGAAACCUGACAAUCAUCACCCUCACACUACUGGACUCCCACCUCCAGACUCCCAUGUAUUUCUUCCUCCGGAAUUUCUCCUUUUUAGAAAUUUCCUUUACAACCACUUUUACUCCUAGGCUGCUGUUCAGCAUCUCAACUGGGAACAAGAGCAUCAGCUUUGCCGGCUGCUUCACUCAGUAUUUCUUUGCCAUAUUCCUUGGUGCCACAGAGUUUUAUCUUCUGGCUGCCAUGUCUUAUGACCGCUACGUGGCCAUCUGCAAACCCCUGCAUUACAUGACCAUCAUGAACAGCAGGGUCUGUAUGCAGCUGGUCCUUUGCUCUUGGCUAGGUGGAUUCCUGAUCAUCAUAUCCCCAAUCAUCUUGACCAGUCAGCUGGAUUUCUGUGCCUCCAAAAUGCUGAAUCAUUAUUAUUGUGAUUAUGGGCCCCUCAUAGAAAUAUCUUGCUCAGACACAAGACUCCUGGAGGUGGUUGACUUUAUCUUAGCAUUUGUGACCUUGGUGGUCACCUUGGUGCUGGUGAGUCUCUCCUAUACAAACAUCAUCUGGACCAUUCUGAAGAUCCCCUCUGCUCAACAAAGGAAAAAGGCCUUUUCCACGUGUUCUUCCCACAUGAUUGUCAUCUCCCUCUCUUAUGGCAGCUGCAUCUUCAUGUACAUAAAACCCUCAGCAAAAGAGGGAGUUGCCAUCAAUAAGGGGGUAGCUGUGCUCAACACCUCAGUUGCCCCUUUAUUGAACCCGUUCAUUUACACUCUAAGAAAUAAACAAGUAAAACAAGCCUUCAAGGAUGUGGCCAGAAAGAUCAUGACUAAAGAGUAA